AUGGCGUGUGUUCGAUUACGCGGUAAAAAUAUAAUUCUUAAUAAUAUAUUUAAGAAUUAUAAUAGUAGUGUCGUCGGUUCGAGAUUAUCGUUUUGUACGGAAAAAUCACCGGAAAAAAAUUUAAAUGAUAAUUUAAGUGGUUUUGCAAAAUCAUUUGAAAAACAAACCGAAAUAUUAUUGGAGUCUGAAAAAUCAACUAAAGACUCUACAGAACAGGAAAGUUUUGCAUCUUUAUUGAGAAAUUCGAAAUUUAUGCAACUCGGUGAUCCUGAAGGUAAAAUUGUCAUUGGAACCAUAUAUCACGUUAUGGAUAAUGAUUUAUACAUUGAUUUUGGUUGGAAAUUUCCAACGGUUUGUCAAAAACCACAAAAAUUUUCCGAGCAAUAUUAUCCUGGCGUUAAAGUUAGGUUAUUAAUUAAAGAUUUGGAAUUAUCGACAAAAUUUAUUAAUACGGAUAAAGAAAUAACAUUAAACGAAGCUGACUGUGUUUUAUUGGGUAGAUUAAAUACCAAAUCAAAUCCUAAAACAGGCCAUAAAGAUUUAUUGACUUAA